AUGUCUACAAUUGCCCAACCUCGAGAAAGCUCCGUGAAUGGGCGUCGCGUUCCUUUACUCACGACACCUACUUCCUCAACACGACCGAGUCUAGACCAUUCCCGUUCAUCUGAACCAUCUCCGAAUCGAGGAUCCUCAGUCGCGAUACCUCGACGCAACCGUGCCGCUUUGCGAGAAUAUUAUAACCUCAGAAAAGGACAAGACGCUCCCACUGACGAUGCGGCAUCCGAAGUUUCCUCAAUACACUUUGAUAGUGAGGUACAAGAAAGCGAAAUGGACAAGGACGGAUUUGAUGGGGAGAAAUAUGUGAAAGAGGUUCUGGAAAAGCAAACAUUGGGAGAGCUAUUACGGACCUACAAUGGAGUUCUGACCGAUAUAAGGGCUUUAGACGCGGAGAAAAAGGCACUGGUCUAUGAUAAUUACAGCAAGUUGAUUGCGGCAACAGAGACAAUCAGGAAGAUGAGGACAAACAUGGACCCAUUAAAUCCAAUGGCCAGUACGCUCGACCCGGCUAUCGCGAGUAUCUACGAAAGGGCUGAGAAGAUUAAGGUUGAGUUGAAGGAAGGCAUUCCGGAAUCACAAAGGAGACUCAUGGAGAUGGGGGCAGAGGAAAGGACGACAUUCCAGAAGAAACAAAACAUGAAGAAGCUUGUAAUUCAAGUAUUGGAGACACCUGAGAAGCUAAGAUCAUUGGUAGCGGGGGCAAUGAAGACGAAGCCAGAUUGGAAUGGGAAAAAAUCUCAACAGAGAGGUGUAGGGGGAAGUGACGUGCAGGCCUGUAUAGAAGACGGAGAGUCAGCCUUGAGGGGCGAGCCUCCAAAUGAGAAGAGCUGGGUUAACAUAAGAGCAAAGAGAUCAUCAUGA